ACCUGAUGAACGCUCAACUGUACGAUUUAAUCAAUUUAAAUAAGUCAAAGAACAAAUAUUAUGUGAAUAAUCAGAUUUUAGAAAACAAAGAAAGUACUUUGCUAAGAUUUCCACCCUACCAUCCCGAUUUAAACCCCAUUGAACUUAUUUGGGCAGAUGUAAAACAAUGAGUUGCAAGCAAGAACACAACAUUUAAAAUUAAGAACGUCGAGCAUCUGUGUCGCCAGAGAUUCGAAGAAAUUGGGCAAGAGAAAUGGGAUAAUGUAUGUCAGCAAGUGGAAACACUAGAGCAAAUUUAUUAUGAACAAGAAGGCAUAAUCGAAGACGCUAUUGAACGUAUUAUAAUUGAAUAUAAUGGAGUGAACAGCAGCAGAGGUAGUGAUGAAUCGAGUGAUAUGUCAGAAAGCGAUAGUCUGUGAGGAGUGGUAGAAUUGGAAAAGGACCGAAGAGUUGGGAAGCAGAUAAAAUUAUCCAAUACUCUCUGCAGUUUUAAUUUUAUAGGGAUGUGCAGUGUAGUGAAAUCGACUUCCCUGUGUUACAUAAACUGCUGAUAUUUUAUUUGGAGUCUACUGUACGUAGCUUGAUGCCUCCCUUCCAACAACCUUCUGGUAACUGACUCGCUCAAAGGGUCUAAUUCACAAAAGUUCAGCGGCCAAAAACGCUGAAACGCAGUGUACUACAUGUCGUACACCGCCGGUUCCCAUCGGCGAGCGCGCUACAUAAGACCAGUUUAGUUUAGCAGCUGUCCUGAGGAUGAGAGGAGAGAUGAUUCUUGAAACGUUGGCGGAAGAAAUGGUUCAUUCAGCCACCUGACGGGGCUUGUUGCCCGAGAGUCUUUCAUCAACUUCGGUGGCCGCGAAAGCUUCACUUUAUAAGGUCUUCCUGUAAUUCGCUUUGUUGGGUUCCAUGUAAGUAUCAACAACCCAUUGUAUGGAGCCACCCCUUCAGAGUACAGUGGUGAUUUGGGUCGACCUCUGAAUGGGCGCUGGCAGUUUGACAUUCCUGAUUUGUAUCUGCAAAAAGGAGAUCAUGUCUACUAUUGGUUACAUUUUGUGAUUGGGAAUCAAAGCCAGCUUAUGACAGAUCUUACUUGGACAGCUACAGGCAUGGCAUGUACAGAUAAUAAUGUCAAUGCAACUCUUCAUUGCAAAAUUUCAGCUUCAAAGAUUCCAAACAGAAAUACAUGUUCUGGACAGUUACUGUUUGAAGAUGACUUUGAUGUUUUUGAUCUGGAAAGAUGGCAUCAUGAAGUAUCAGCUUCCGGUGGAAGGCACAAUGAAUUUCAAGUAUUUGUAAACAACCGGUCAAACAGUUUUGUCAGAGGAGGAAAAUUACAUUUACGAGCCACCCUCACAAGAGAUGUACUGGGUGAAGAAGUUUUAUACAAUGGCAUACUGGAUCUGAGAGGCAGUGCUCUUUCUGGAGAAGAGUGCACCAAUCCCGCUAACAAUGGUUGUUACAAGCAAGCUCUAGGGGCACAGAUUUUGAACCCUGUUAUGUCAGCACAGCUGCAGACAUCAGGCUCUUUCACCUUUCAGUAUGGCAUAGUGAAGAUGAGAGCAAAGAUGCCACGGGGAGAUUGGCUGUGGCCAGCAAUCUACCUGCUUCCACAUCGAAGUGCGUAUGGCCCAUGGCCAAACUCAGGUCAGAUGACCAUUGCACAGAGUCGUGGUAAUGCUAUGUAUUUAGUGGAUGGUGAGCCAAUGGGGACACAGCGCAUGGAAAUGGCUCUCCACUUUGGCCCUGGAAUAGGAGGAUUUAUAAAACAGCACAUAAACUCCAAGGAAGAAAAAGGCUGGGACAAUGAUUUCCAUGAAUAUGAGCUGGAAUGGACACCAGAGCACAUAAAGUUUUCUGUUGAUGAGAAAUCAGUACUGAACAUCAUACCUCCUCUUGAUGGAGGAUUCUGGAUGGCUGGAGGUUUCAGUAAGGAUUUUGCAGACAAUAUAUAUCACUCUGGAUCAAGGAUGGCACCAUUUGACCAACAGUUCUAUCUGGUAAUAUCUCUUGCUGUUGGUGGACUAUCAGAUUUCUUUCUAGACAGUGCUGAUUACAAGCCUUUUCCAAAGCCAUGGAACAACACUUCACCGACUGCAACACUGGAUUUCUGGGAAAGAAAAGAUGAAUGGUAUCCCUCAUGGCAGGAAGGCUCUGAUAUGCAAGUGGAUUAUGUUCGUGUUUGGGCUUUACCAUAAAGCUGUGUUGAGUUUAUUUUAAAUUUGUGGAUUGUAUUUGGAGGAAUUUGCCAUGGCAGUAUUACUGAAUGUAAGAAAUAUAUUCUUCAUUGACACAUUGUUAACUUUUUGAUGUAUAAAUUCUGGACACCUUCAUUUCUCUUAACAAUUUUAUUACAUGUUAUAUUUACUGACACAGUUACACUAUGUAGAAAAGUUUGUUGUGUAUUACAGAUGGAACUUUCCUGCUAACAGAGUGUAGUAAUUUGAGUUUUUCUAUUUGUUUAAAGAAAUUCCACAAAGUAAAUACAAAAUCGGUUCUUUAGAUAUAAAUUGAGUUUUAAAGGUAAUGUGUGUGUGCAUGUGCUUUAAUGUAAAAUAUAUUUGGACAUAAAACAUUGCAUUGAUAUCA